AUGUCUGGUACUACUGAAUCUCGCGACAGCCUGUCAUCCUUGUUCCGAAUCGAACAACUUCGUGAUGACAACUGGCUUCCGUGGAAGCGCCGUACAAUGGCGAUCCUAAGGGAGCGCGGUGUCCUGAAGUAUGUUGAUGGGACCUCGGAGAAGCCGAAGCCGGUAGACGCAGCGACACCAACACCGGAAGAGAUGGCGGCAACCAAGAAAUGGAUCGAGGGCGAUCAGAAAGCCCAGACCGUUAUCGAGCUGCUGUUGAGCGACUCGCAGAUGAUACACAUCACGGACGCUACAACGGCUGCGGAGAUGUGGAACCAAUUGAAGUUAGUAAAGGAGGCGAGUGGACAACUGGGGAUAAUGGCGUACCGAAGGAAAUUCUAUCGCACAGUUGCCACGGAAGGCAGCGAUAUCGCAGCGCAUAUCACGGAGCUCCGCCGGACACAGGAGCAGCUACACAUGAUGGGUAGCAAGGUGUCGGAUGACGAAUUUCGAACGAUCCUGAUCACAUCGUUACCGGAGUCUUGGGACCAGUUCACAUCUGCGUACCUGGGUGCAACAAGCCAGAAGGACAAGUUGCCGACAUCGCAUGAAUUGAUAGCCAUCUUGCUCGAAGAAUACCGGCGCCGGCGAGAGAAAGGCGGUGCCGACGAGUCUGCGCUGGCAGCACGCGGGCGGUGGACCCAGCCGAAGAAUACCGCACAGGGCGGAACGGACAGGAAGUCCGACGCGGAGUGCUGGAAUUGCCACAAGCGUGGACACACUCAACAUGAGUGUUGGUCGAAAGGCGGCGGCAAGGCGGGUCAGGGACCGCGAAGUAAAAAAGGAGGCCGUGCGCAGGCGCACACAAACCAGGCACAGUCAACAAAUGACGUGCUGCGAGAUGUUGCAUUCCACACAGACAAGGCAAUCGGUAUUGGGCAGCAAUUUAGUAGUCAGUUCUCAUGUUACGACUGGCUAGCUGACUCGGGAACGACAUCGCACGUUACGAACCUUCGUGAUGCAAUAACGGACUUCAUGCCGCUUGAAGCCUCAUCGAUCACCGGCAUUGGUGACCAGAGCAUACGCGCACUUGGGCGCGGCACUGUGAAAGUCAAUAGCAGGAUAGGCGGCAAGACUUUUACCUUCUGUCUGAAGGAUGUGUUAUACGCACCAAGAGCAACGAAUAACUUAGUGUCGCUCACCCGUCUGGACGAGGCGGGCGGACAUUUUGACGGUGGUGAUGGAGGGAUAACGCUACGGGAGAGUGGCGGCCACGCCAUCGCUGAAGGCCGGAAAAUCGGCCGUUUGUACUUGCUCAACAUGCGGGCCAAGGCUGCUAUGCCGAGUGAAGAGCGCGCGAACAUUGCGCGCGACGAUAGCGACUCGUGGGAGUCGUGGCACCGGAGAUAUGGACACCUGGGAUUCACAGGGUUAGAGAAGCUCUACAAGGAAAACUUGGUGGAGGGACUCACCGUUGAUGAAAACUCGAUGCCACUAACACAGUGCGAAGCCUGCGUACAAGCUAAGCAGGCGCGUCGUGCAUACCCGAAGGAGGCGGAGGACCGCUCCCAGAUGCCAGGCGAGUUGACGCAUAGUGACGUCUGGGGCCCCGCACGUGUAGUAUCGAUCGCCGGAUCGCGUUACUACAUAUCGUUCACGGACGACUGCACGCGGAGGUGCCAAGUCCUGUUCAUGAAACAUAAAAGUGAGGCUUUUGAAAAAUUGAAAGAAUACCUCACCUUUAUUGAACGACGCUUCGGGCACCUGCCGAAGAUCGUGCGUGUUGACAAUGGGUCCGAGUACAUCAAUAAAAACCUGAAAGGGUGGUGCCGUGAGAAAGGAAUUGAGCUGCAAACAACAGCGCCGUACUCACCUUCGCAGAAUGGUGUAGCUGAGCGAUUUAAUCGCACGCUAUUGGAGCUUGCUCGCGCAAUGUUGAUUGCGAGGAAGCUUCCAAACUUCCUCUGGGCGGAAGCUGUUGCAUACGCAGCAUACCUGCGAAAUCGAGCGCCGACGAAAGCACUGCGCGGGAAAACUCCGGAAGAGGCGUGGACGGGCAAGAAGCCCAAUGUCGCGCACCUACGAGAAUUUGGGUCAGAUGUCUGGAUUCUGACGGAAGGCCAGAAUCUCUCGAAACUCGAGCCAAAGUCGAAGAAACACACCUUUGUAGGUUUUGCUGAUGGCCCGAAGGCCGUGCGCUACUACGAUGUGGGUGCGCGCUCGAUCCGAGUCUCGCGAAAUUUUGUAUUCGCGGAUGCCCCGAACCCAGCAAGCAAUGUUCCUGUACAUCAGCUUGAUGACAGUGACAGGCUGCCGCUCGAGGGGGAGUCAGGGGGAGCUGUCAAGCAGCAGCCUCCCACAUCUGCAUCAAAACCAGCAUCAGUACCUGUCAAAGCUGAUCAGUCUAACAAGAAACACGAUGGAAACUACAUUACAGAGGAAGACUUACCUCCCGAGAUACAGGAGAGCAUGCGAGAGCGACCGACAUUCUUGCCUGCACCCCCGAAGAUCCCUCUUCGUCGUACGACCCGCGCUACGCAGGACCACGACUAUCGAAGGAUGAAUAACCCCCGCGCGCAGCCCGCGAAGUCGCGCGAGUCGCCGGGAGUGCCGAAAGAGAACGCACCUGGUGAGAGUGCGAAAGUCGCCGUGACGCCCGAAGAAUUUGAAGAGAUCGCGCAGGCGCUGUAUGCGACAGCACUGGCAUCGGGCGACAGAACGGCGAGUGCGGGAGAUGAGCCGCGAAGCCUCGCGGAGGCCCAAGCCUCUCCGGAAUGGCCAGAAUGGGAAAAGGCUGUAAAAGCGGAAUAUGAUCAGUUGCAGGGCAUGGGGACUUGGGAGCUACAAGACUUACCAAAAGAUCGAAAUGCUGUGGGCUGCAAGUGGGUCUUCCAGAGGAAAACCAACAAGGAGGGUCAGGUUGUCAAGUACAAAGCCAGAUUGGUGGCACAGGGGUACUCACAGAUCCCAGGGAUGGAUUUCCUUGAAACCUUUGCCCCUGUAGUUCGUCUUGAGUCCAUCAGGGCCAUCCUAGCAUUAGCAGUAGUUAAUAACUGGGAAAUAGGCCAGAUGGAUGUUAAGGGAGCUUACCUGAAUGGAGACCUCCAGGAGGAGAUCUACAUGCGACAGCCGGAAGGCUUCGAUGACGGAAGUGGACGCGUUUGUCGACUCCGCAAGACGCUCUACGGACUAAAGCAGUCCGGGCGCGAAUGGAACCGCAAGCUGCAUCGCGAGCUGACGGAGCUCGGGUACAAGCGGCUGGAGGCAGAUCCAUGUGUAUACCUGCGGGAGCGAAAGGAAGGAGAAGUUCAGAUUAUCACGGUAUGGGUGGAUGACUUACUGUUAUUCACCAACUCUCCGAAGCUCAUGGAGGAGCUCAAGCGCGACCUGCAGGACCUCUUCGAAGUCACGGACCUUGGUGAGCCGCAGAAAAUUGUUGGGAUUGAAAUCGAGCGAGAUAGGGAAGCGGGAAAAAUCCAAAUCUCGCAACAGCACUACAUCGAGAGCAUUCUCAAGCGAUACCAGCUUGAGAACGCCAACGCUGUAGGGAUGCCGCUCGAUCCGAAUGUGGCGUUCACGGCAGAGGACGAGAACGAGGAGGCGGACGACCGUUUGGCGGGAGGUUACGCGUCGAUGGUGGGAUCGCUGAUGUACGCAGCAGUGGGAACAAGGCCAGAUAUUUCCUACGCUGUACAGACGCUGAGCAAAUACACAGCGUGCCCACGACCUGUCCAUUGGACAGCGGCGAAACGCGUUCUACGGUACCUCGCAGGAACACGUGACUUGCACGUCACGUACACGCGACGCGAUUCGGACGCGCCGAACGGAAAUAUAAUAGGAGGAUAUACGGACGCGGAUUAUGCAUCAGAUCAUGACCGAAAAUCAGUCUCGGGUCAUGUCUUUUACUUGGGAGGUGGAGCCGUAGCAUGGAGUUCGAAGAAACAAACAACAACGGCAACAUCCUCGACAGAAGCCGAGUAUACAGCACUCGCGCACGCGACACGUCAAGCAAUAUGGCUGCGAAACUUACUGGCAGAACUCGGGUUUGCACAAGAAGAACCCACAGAAAUUUAUUGUGAUAACCAGGCAGCGAUCGCGAUAGCACGCGACCCGCAGUAUCACGCGCGGUCAAAGCACUUUGACGUGCAGAAUCAUUUCGUGCGCGAAAAGGUGGAAAAUGGUAUUAUUCAAUUGUGCUACUGUCCUACAGAUGAGAUGGUAGCAGAUGUAUUUACUAAGGCCCUACCCAAGCCUAAGCACCAAAAGUUCACAUUGGAACUUGGGAUGCUUCCGGCUUGA